GCAUUCGAGGAGCGAGGCGGGGGUAAUGCUCUUACUUCUCAUCUAAAAUCCAUCAAAUAUCACCAUCCGUAAGAAAAGUUUCCGACCGGUCACUUGAGCAAUUCACGCGCCAUCUUUCCCUACUCCGCCCCCGAUUUUUAGAUAUUACAGUGUCCUCUGAUCAUACUCCAUUGUCAGAACCUAUUGUCAUAAUUUUGGGCCAAUUGUAGUACUUCACUGACAAGGACGACGGUGAUAGUUCUGGUCGAAUGGCCGCGGCCGCUUAUGCGGCAUGUAAGCGCGUCGGGCAACAAUUAGGAACCAAUCCCAGGAUCAACUCAUCUUUAUUCGGAUCCUUUGUUUCCACCCGAUUCGACUCCCGAUCCGUCUCUCAGCUCGUCAAUUCCAACGGCAAGCGUGUCUUCCUCGUCGACACCUUAGCUCUUGUCAGGAGAUUAGAAUCCCAAGGCGUGCCUUCGAAGCACGCCGAGGCGAUUACGGAUGCCAUAAUCGAAGUCCUGAAUGACAGCCUGGAAAAUGUGGCUCAAUCCUUCGUCUCCAAAGCACAGAUGCAAAAGAUUGAGAUGACACAAGAUGCGAAUUUAGCCAAAUUCAAGACCGAAGUUCAGAGCUCUCAGGGACACCACUUUUCUUUGCUGCAACAUGAAACUGAAAAACUGAAAGGUGAUAUAGAGAAGAUGCGCAGUGAAUUGAGACAUGAAAUUGACAAAGUCACUGCUGGACAGCGUUUGGAUUUGAACCUCGAAAGGGGAAGGAUACGAGAUGAGCUGUCAAAUCAGAAUCAAGAAACUACUAACCUCACUAACAAACUUGAUCGGGAAAUUCAUGCGCUGAGGGCUCAGUUGGAAGCAGCCAAAUACGAUGUAAUAAAGUACUGCAUAGGAACUAUUGUGUCCAUCUCUGCUGUUGGUUUGGCUGUCGUCAGAAUCAUAAUGUAAGGCUGGAGAGCUAAACUGUUUCUUUUAUUCAAACUCUUUAGAUAGUGAAUCAAAAGAGAAAGUAGAUUCGAAGUCUUAUCACAGCACAGCAUACUAGUGCAUUCUGUUUAGAGCUGAAGCUUCCUGCACUCUUGUCGGUGGACCAAAGUUUACAAUUUUCUUUCAUUAGUAAUCUGAUUUAGUUAAUUGGGCGCGUUUGCUGGAUCCGGGGUAUCAUAAUUAUGAAUAGCAAUUUUGGCUGCAUAUUUUAUUGGCGGAUGUGUA